CACAAGAAAAGUGAGAUCAAUUGGCCGGAAUCGACAUCCUAGCACAACAACACAAGGACUAUCUUCUCACUAAGAAGCUCAAGGAGGAAAUGGGAACCAAGACUCAAGUGUACAAUGAAUACGCAGCGGAUAUCGAUAACCACUGUGAAGAGCAAUUCUUCGCGCUCAUCUUCAUGAAGCAGGCUGGGGAUCGCUACUCGGACUGCAGACRGGAUCUCAGGAACGAUUUCACCAAAGGAACCGACCACAUUCCACAGACUGUUGAUGACGCCUAUGCUCUCCUAAGGAAUUACACAACUGAACAAAAGAGUAAAUCGAAGGGAAGUGGCAAUAGGACCAACAACCAACAAUCUGAUCAGAAUAGCAAUGUCAAGGCCCGAAUGCCAGGACACGCAUUCAACCAAAAGUCGGAUUUCUCCAAGGUGUAGACGUUGCUAAUGCACCUGAGGGAGAGCAGCAUGACAAGAUAAUCAAUAAACAAUCUGAAAAGAAGAUUGUGUGUUAUCGUUGUGGACGUAAAGACCAUAUAUCGCCCAAUUGUACCUACAAUACAGAUAUCAAUGGAGUGCCCAUCAAGAAUCGAAAACACAACAAGACACCGAGCAAGACAGAGACCAAUCUCAUGGUCGGUUCAUCUGACUGUGGGGACACGGAAACCACAACCAUGGUGGAUUCUUCGGAUUUUGAUUUUGACGAUGAACUGGAUAAAGAAGAAAUACAACAUGCCUAUGGUUUCAUUCAUAGUGCGGUUGAGGCCUUGACAGACGUUUAUGUGGAGGACCUCCGAGGAAAUCAUCGACACUGUUUGAAUAUGAAGAACUUGCACGGAAGGCUAGACCGUUUUUGGGUUUUGCUGGACAACCAAUCUACAAUUCACAUAUUCUGGAACCCAAUGUUCCUGAUCAACAUCCGAACCACGAAGAAACAUCUCAUACUCCACACCAAUGCAGGAAGUGCAACCAUAAACGAAGUAGGUGAACUACCUGGUGUUGGGACCGUAUGGCUACAUCGUGACGGUAUCGCAAAUAUAUUGUCUUUCCACGCAAUUCAAGAAACAGCAGGUUUCGAGAUAGAUUACUCCAGUCGACCGGAUCCACAAGGAAGAAGAGACAAGUCUUUCCGAAUGGAAACCCCUAAUGGGACCAUCUGCCGUUUCCAACCAGAUGGAAAAGGGUUGUACUAUUACAAUUGUGCGGAGUCUUUUGGAGCAGGCAAACCAAAUACUGUUUUCGGAGAUACGGUAUCAGCGACACGCCGCACGUCAUACAAUGGUACAAACCUAACCGAACAUGGUGUCAUCGAAACCGUGGAGAACAACAAGAACAAGUAUACAAAACGCGAUGUUCUUAAGGUYGAGAAGCUACGUCGAUUUCAACAUAUCGCAGCACAUCCAAGUGACCAAGUACUUGCUGCAGCGGCGAGUCGCCGAUCGAUCAAUGAUUUCCCAUUCACCACACGGGACGUUGGAAUUAUGAGGAAGAUUCUCGGACCCAGUGUAUAUGGCUUGAAAGGAAAACGAACAGCACGACAGAGUGCCCAAGUGGAGACACAGGAUUUAGUCCCACUGCCAUCCAAUGUCCUCGAGGAUUACAGGAGUGUCACUCUAGCGGCUGACGUUCUACAUGUCAACCAAAUUCCUUUCCUUGCCACAAUCUUGCGUGGCAUACACUAUGGAUCAGUAUGUGCGCUGCCCACGUUGAAGGCAACUGACCUUGAACACGCACUUCAAGCAGUGAUACAGUCUUACCAAUUGCGGGGGUUCACAGUAGACCACAUCUUGGUGGAUAUGCAAUUCAAGUCCCUCGCUGACCGAUUCAAGGCUCAUCAGAUAUCCGUCAAUCUUGUAUCGAAGGAAGAACACGUUCCUGAGAUCGAACGUUUCAUUCGCGUCAUAAAGGAACGAUGCAGAUCAUCCUUUGCUAUGCUUCCUUUUGAGCGAAUUCCAAAGAGGCUUCUUAUUGCUUUACUUCGCAAUGUCGUGUUCUAUCUCAAUGCGUUUCCAUGGCCCGACGGAAUAUCAAAAGAGCUUAGUCCCCUCACAUUGAUUGAGGGCUAUGUCCUUAAUUACAAGCUGCAUUUCCAAGUCAUCUUUGGCGAGUAUGCUCAGACCUAUGAGGGCACAGACAAUACUAUGCGCGAGCGGACCGUUGGUGCCAUAGCCAUUGGCCCGUCUGGAAACCUACAAGGAGGAGUACUGUUCUUUAGUCUCGACACUGGUCAUAUACUCACCCGAACCAAAGACAAUUACCAGCUAUUGCCCAUGCCUGCAGAUGUGAUCAAACGUUUGCACUGCAUGGCAAGAAAGAGCAGAACAGGCUUACAUUUUGGGAACCGUAACAACAUAUUGGACACUUUUGAUUCCGAUAACGAUGAUGACUCUGAGGAUGAAGACUACGAUCCAACAGUUCAUACUGAUAUCCCUGUUGAUAUCACACCCGAUUCAGAUAACAAUUCUAUGUCUAGCACGGAGAACACUAGUUCCGCCAAUGAUCCUACCGCCAAUGCGGAUACUACAGGAGUGGAACCCCCCGACAUCAAAAAUUCGGAUGAUGAUAGAUCAACGGAGUCAAUUGAUGAAAUAGAUGAACAAGAUCCAGAUCUCAAUGACGACCAACAGCUUACAGGAGUGGAUCAUCAACCAGAUCCAGAUAUCAAUGACGACGAGCAGCUUACGGCAGUGGAUCAUGACRAUCACACUGCAAGAGUGGACGAAGAACACUCGGAUGACGACAUGUCUGAAGAAGACCAAGUUCGCACUCAAAGUGGACGUGUAGUACGAAGCACACAGGAUGAUGACUUCAUUUACAUGACCGUCAGUGAAGCUAUCGAUAAUCUUGGAUGCGAUGCAGAACUCACUCACGUAUGUAACAUAACCGAUUUCACAUCACCAGACAAGAUCAGGUCUUUGUCAAAGCAUGAAUAUCAGAACUAUGUUCAAGCGCUCAAUUUCAUCGAAGACAAUUUCAACUACUAUGACUUUAUCAGCGACUACACUAUGACACAAAUGAGUGUACGAGAGGGACUGAAGCGUCAUGGUGAGGAAGGCAAGGCAUCCGUCAUGAAAGAGCUAGGAAAUUUAGUGUCACGUGAUUGUUUUGGUGAGGUAAACUAUGAGACCUUAACCAAUGAACAAAAACGAAAUGCACUGCCGAUACUCAUGUUCAUGAUUUUCAAGCGCAGUGGACAGCUCAAGUCACGCGGAUGUGCAGACGGGAGACCGCAACGUAUAUGGACUGAUAAACGUGACGUAUCCUCCCCAACACCAGCAGCCGAGGCCCUAAAGUAUGUCCUAGCUAUCAUUGCCAUGGAAAGGCGUGAUAUAGCAACUUUUGAUUUGCCAGCACAAUUCUUGCAGACUGAUAUGGAUGAGGAGCUGUACCUCAAAAUCAGUGGAGCAGUUGCUCUUUUGCUAGUCGAAUAUGAUAAGGAACGGUGGCAGAAGCAUCUUCGAAAAGAGAAAGGUCGGCCCAUCAUAUAUGUCCUAUGCAAGAAAGCAAUAUACAGGACGCUGAAUGCAGCGAUACUGGCGUACAAGAAGUUGACUGGACAUUUACAGGAGUGGGGUUUGGAGAUGAAUCCAUAUGACCCCUGUGUAUGGAACAAAACAGUGAACGAAUCACAGCUCACUAUCGUGUUCCAUGUAGAUGACGGCAUCAUUAGUCAUGUCGAUCCUAUCAUCGUUACCGACGUACUGAAGCAACUCACAGCUGUGUAUGGAAAGACUGAUCCUCUGACGAUCACACGGGGUAAAGUGCACGAGUAUCUUGGAAUGACUUUAGACUUCGCCACUGGUGGGCAGGUCGAGAUAACCAUGUAUGACUAUGUCAAGAAGCUCAUAGACAAGCUUCCAAAUGACAUGAUCGGUGAGAAACCGACAGCUGCACCCGAGUAUCUUUUCAAGACCAACGGAAAAGAUAAUGAGUUACUCGAUAAGAAGCGAGCGGACAUGUUCCACACUUUAACGGCGACCAUACUGUAUUUAGGUAUGAGAUGCCGUGUCGAUCUUCAACUGCCAUGUGGAUUUCUGUGCACCAGGGUGAAGGCACCUGAUGAGCACGAUUGGAAGAAGUUGGCACACCUUGCCAAGUAUAUUCAACACACUCGAUAUCUUCCCUUGAUACUUCGAUCCGACGGAAAUGGUUCGACCAUAUACAUGGAUGGAGCUCACGCCGUUCAUGCAGAUAUGAAAGGGCACGGAGGAGUGUUCUGCACUGAAGGAAGAGGUGCAAUGUAUAGCUCGUCAACCAAGCUCAAACUUAACACAGUAAGUAGCACCGAAACAGAGAUCGUAGCGGUUGGCGAGAAAUUGCCAAAGUCAAUGUGGUUCAGACUGUUCUGAAUCGCGCAAGGUGGAUGCGAUAAGGAGGAUAUCCUCAUGCAGGACAACCAGAGUACAAUUCUUCUCGAGAACAAUGGUAGAUUCUCAGCAGGAAAAGGUAGUAAGCACAUUGACAUAAGAUAUUUCUUUGUCACAGAUCGCAUUCAAAAGAAGCACUUGAAGGUGCAAUACUGUCCAACGGAGGAAAUGAUUGCAGAUUUCUUCACCAAGCCGGUACAAGGAGCUUUGUUUUACAAGUUUCGAAACGCAGUACUGGGAAUCAAAUCGUGUGAUUUCGACAAGUACAAACGGAACUAUUACGAAGUCCUGAAACGAUACAACCUUAUCAGUGAUCAAGAGGCCACCGAUAGAUUGCAGGAGUGUGUUGGACAUCGUACGAAUGACAGACCAGGACGGACUGGCGUGCGCACGAUUCAAAAUAAUCCGUUACAGGACAAGACAAACCUGGGAAAUAAAUCCAGAGAGAAAGGCCACGAGAGCCUGAUUAUCAAGAAAACCCAAGAAUAAGAUUGAUCUCACUUUUCUUGUGUUUACCAACUUAGAAACCUAAUCACAAUAAUCAACAUUCAAUAAGUCUCCUCUAUCUACCUAUUCAUCAAUCAGUGGAGUAUUAUCGUCUAACAGUACUCGUACUACGGAACGAAAGAAAUUGGGAGGUGGAAAUCGACUUAUGAGAAACUCACCGCGACAUCUCUCUGUCCAUCAUGAACAAACUGGAACCACCCUCUAGGUAGUACUGCAUUAUUGAGGCCAGAAUGUGAUAGAAGAUAUCAAUCCAUUAAAGAUACCAGGAUAUACAAAUGAAGAGAUAUGAUUCUUACGGGCUAUUAAGGCUAUCUCUCGUCGUGUUUCUUUUGCCAUCGACCCCCUUUUGGACGAGUUUGUUGCUACCUGCUGAUAGCUUUCCGACCCCAGUCAAGUCGACUUCUGCUUCGUUUCACCCGGAAGAAGGACAACGAGAAAAGGCUGGGUGUAGCUCUCGAGUGUUUGUCGACGAAGUGUGUGAAUGGCUGAAUCGACAGCCAGAUGUCUCACACAGGAGUGUGGAAUUUCCUCCUUGUGUACUGACCGCUUUCCCAUCAAUAACAACAGCUGGCUCCACUUUAAUUGAACUCGAGAGGAAGAGAAUAAACUCAACUGAUUGUUCUGAAACGAAAGAUAAUGAUACGAAAACAAUCGCACUUCACUUGAUCCCCACACCUACUCGGUUGGAAGAAUGCCUUCCGCCAAAAUUUCAAAAAGACACCACGGACUAUUUCAAUCGAAAGAAGGAAGAAAAUCGUAAUGAUACUCAGUAUUCAAAAGUAAUUCACUUACAUCAAGACAAAUGGAAUUCCAAAAGGCCGAUAGUCCGCCACCGCUUGAUGGCUCAAUUGGGUUUAGGAGUGCACGAUCCGAAGGGCACGAUAGAAAAGCAAUACUCCAAGCACGACGGCGGGCGAACAACAACGGGAAUACGACGAAUUUUUGCUCGAAAAACAAAAGUGCGACGUAUAUCAGCGGCUAUCGCCAUGAAAUUUUUAGAAGAACACCAUCUCUGGAGUGCCACAAAGGCAAAACACAAUUAUGGGUUGUUCGCCAAUAGCAAUGAUACCAACGACGGAGAGCUUGUUGCGGUAGCCACGUUUUCGACGAGACGGAAAGUGGUGCGAUUGGGAAAGCCACACCGCUCGCACGAAUUACUGCGUUUCUGCUCGAAGCGAGAUACGAAUGUUGUCGGUGGAAUAUCGAAACUGAUCAAGGCGUUCAUCAAGGAAAAGAAGCCGGACGACAUUGUUACCGUCAUAGAUCGUGACUGGGGAAGUGGUUCUGGGUGGUCCUCUCUCGGAUUCGAAAACGUCGCCACGAUGGAACCCAUAGUAAUGGUUGCUCGUCUAUUUGAUGAGGGUCGCACUUCCCGGCGCCACUUGGUUGGGGCAGGAAUAAAGAGUGCUGACAUAACGAUGGAAAACAAUACUGUCUCACUCAACAAGAAUGAUCGGUUGGGCCUUCCGACUGAUAUUCUGCAAGAACUUGAUGCUCUAGACUCGGUAGGAGAUGUCCUCGAGACACUUUCGAAUUAUGGCUUCUUCCCUAUUUACGAUACUGGGGUGGAGCGAUUGAUGAAAACAAUGUCCUAUGAUAAAAAUGGAAAUUUAAUCGGGGCGAAAAGGGCAUCGAUCACCGACUUGUGGCAAAACUCACAGCCAACCUACGCAAAGGAAUACUAUUCGUCCAAUGUUGGAAUUGCUGCUUUGCUGAAGCACACAUCCAGCACUCCGUCGGCCCUAUCGCAACUCGUUGCUAACACCCUUAUGGAUCGUUGAGUUGAACUAGUACGAUAAGGCACGACUCUUCUGCGUGUCAAAACUAUGAUUUGAUUUUUUUUGUAUUUUAGUAAGCUGGAAUUGAACCUGUGAGUACCAGAAACAAGAAAGUCUUCAUUUUUUUACUAAUAUACUCAUUGUGAUGACAGAGUCAAUGAUUUCAAUUCUUCUCUUUUCAAACUCACCAAGGACAAGGAGGAUGCGAGUGAACAGUUUGGCCUAUCCAAUACCCACCACUAUGGACCCACAAGCAGCAUGCCAGAAAAUCUUGACAACUAAGUAGAAGUAAUAUAUUAGAGGAGUUGGCAAUCAAAUUCACGAUACAGUUGUAGAUUUUGGGCCUUUUUUGUGUGUAAUGACUAGUUUGACUAAAAUUAAAUACAGACA